AUUCCUUUUAUCAUAAUUCUUUAAUUAAUAGAUUUUAAAGAACAAAUUAAUAUUCAAAAUCAUUCAAUAUUUAAAAUGAGAACAAAGGGUGUUAGCAAUUUCGAAUAAAAUGUUUGUCUCAUUAUGGAAAUGAUCUUUGAAAGAGCUGAUGAAUUUACACUAAGGUUUUUAAAGAACCAUGAAAGUUCACUUGAACAUCACUAGAUUAUCAGGUUGAUUUAUCGAGUUCUUCUUCUACCUGAUAAUUGCCUUUAAGUCUUGCGAUUUUCAAUGACCUAGUUGGAAUAAUUUAUUCUUUUAUUGGAUAAUGUUAAUAAUGAUAUUCAUCCAUUAUUGCAAGCAGCAAAACAGAGAUUAAAGAAUAUUAUGAUUUAUUAUUAGUGAAAAAAUAUAAAAAUAACUAUUUAGAGUACUCAUAACUCGCCAUGAUUUGCUGAUUUUUGACGAUAAGCACUCUAAAUUUGACAAUCGUUACGAGAAUAGCCAAGAGAAUUAACGCUACACAGAAUGUAUCAAUACUCACGGUGUUAGUUAUGGUUUCUGGGG